AGCUGCUUCAGAAAAAACUUGCUUCGGUUGUGAUUUUUUUCCACUCUCUUUUACGCCGCCGAACCGAGCACUUCUUUACUCGUUUGCGCCGAGAGUCCCGUUUUUUUGCUCUGCACCGCGCGCUCGUCUCUUGAUGUAAACAAGCGUAACCGAAGCUUACGCCGCGCCACCCACCGCCGCCUCCUACCAAACGGUUGUAAUUGCAAUUAAUAGAAGGCGGGUCGCCAAAAAAGUGCCAAAAGCCCCCCAAAAAUAAAGCCCAAAAUCGUAAAAAAGGGGCAAAAGCACAAGUGCAGAAAAAACCAAACUUGUGCGAGUGUGUGUUGGUGUAUUUUUGGCGUGCGCGGCCAUUUUUUCUUGUUGCCACACGGGAAUCUGCCUUAAGUGUGUUAGUGUAUGUGGAAGAUAAACCAAAAAGAAGAGGAAUAUAAAAGAGCGAAAUUCGCAAACUUAAACAUAAUAGAAUCAUUGAAACACAUAAAAAAGGCGCAGGAAUGCGUAUCAUCCAACAAGUAAAUUACCGCAAAACCGCAAGCAAAAUACCUGAGUGAAAGAGUGAAGGACUGGAACCUCCACUGUACCCCUCUCUCUUCCAACAACCACCUACAAUCAGCAGCUGAACACGUGCUCGGUGCGGGCCAAAAUAUCAACAAAAGUUGUCCCACAAAAAUACAGCAAUAAGAAAACCAGCAUACAAAAAACCUUUUCAAAUUGGUGAGGUGAGCAGAAAAGAGUCAAAGUCCCCCAUAUCAGAGGAGGAAAGUGUAGAAGUAGAGGAGGAGUAUCUUGUGUAAGCGGAGUCCGCUGCUCCAAGUGUCGACUGUUGACUGUCGAUUUGCCCCACAAUCGUUGGUGAGCUCUGCCCCAAGCUGGACGCACGCACAAUCGCCUACCGCCCGCUGACACUUGGGGGCCAUCAGCCGCCGCAUAUGGCCGAAUUGCCGACGGCGCCGAACGGCGUCUCAAGCGGCGACUAUCUCCAUCGCUCCAUUGACCAGCUGCGAUCCCUCACGCACCUCACCACAGCAGAUUUGCGAACAGCACAACUGGUCCACGAUUACAAGCCUUUCAACAUCAAUGAGUUUCGUCAGAAUGUUGUGGAGCGGCUGGACUACAGCUUAAAGAAUGGUUUGGUGCAUCACCAACAGCAACAGCAGCAGCAACAACAACCACAUCAGGAGCAGCAGCAACAACAACAGCAACAGCACCACCAUCAACAGCAGCAGCCGCAUCAUCUAAAGUCCAGCUACAGUGCGCCAAGCUCUCCGCCAACGCCACACGAGCAGCAGGAGCAAAAGUACGAUCCCAAUAGAUCGCCUCCACGCCCGCUCAUGAGCAACGGCAGCAAUGCCUCGUCACCGGAAGAUGAUCGCAGAGGCAGUGGCGGAGGACCUGGCGGCGGUGGCGGAGAUGGGGACCAAUCAAAGCCAUACAAAUGCGCAUCGUGCAGCAAAUCCUUUGCCAACUCCUCGUAUCUGUCGCAGCACACGCGCAUCCAUUUGGGUAUCAAACCCUACCGCUGCGAGAUCUGCCAGCGAAAGUUUACGCAGUUGUCGCACUUGCAGCAGCACAUCAGGACGCACACGGGGGACAAGCCGUACAAAUGCCGGCAUGCCGGCUGUCCCAAGGCCUUCUCGCAGCUCUCGAACCUGCAGUCGCAUUCGCGCUGCCAUCAGACGGAUAAACCCUUCAAAUGCAACUCCUGCUACAAGUGUUUCGGCGAUGAGAUGACGCUGCUGGAGCACAUACCCAAGCACAAGGACUCGAAGCACCUGAAGACGCACAUCUGCAAUCUGUGCGGCAAAUCCUACACGCAGGAGACGUACCUACAGAAGCAUCUGCAGAAGCACGCGGAGAAGGCGGAAAAACAACAGCAGCGGCACACCAGUCAGGUGGCUGCAGUGCAGCAGCAUGUGCCAUCGGGUGGAAUCGGUUUGAAUCUGCAGCGCCAGGCUAUGAAUGAUGUGAAUGCCGCGUAUUGGGCCAAGAUGGGGGCGGACAGUGCGGCUGCAUCCCUGGCAGAGGCCAUUCAGCAGCAGUUGCCGCAAGCCAAUGGCCAGACGUACGCGAACUUUGCCUCGCUCCAGCAGCAUCAGCAGCAACAGCAGCAGCAGCAGGAGAUGCUGCAGCAGCACCAUCAACGGCUGGCGGAUACGCCUGGCCACUCACACAGUCCGCAUGAAGACCCCGCCGGCGAGGAUCUCGUCCUGCGGCAGACGACACCACAGCAUCACCUGCAACAGCAACAACAGCAACAGCAACCCUCGCCUGGACCUGGCUCCUCGGCUUUCACUCCACUCAGCGCCACGGCGCCGCCCUCACAUCUGCAGCAGCAUCGUGGAGCUCCAGCGGCCACUGCGGCCUAUCUCUACCAGCAGAAUGCAGCAGCGGCGGCCGCUGCCUUUCCCACGCAGCUCAUUUCGCUGCAUCAGAUACGGAACUAUGCACACCAGCCAGGGACAGCGGGGCUCAUCAGUAGCGAUCAUCUAACCCUCGGCCUGAGCGCCGUCCAGGCGGCCAAGGAGAAGGCCCAAUAGUACAGGCCUCUGCGUGGCCACAAAAGGCAGCUACGAUGACAUUAGUUUUAAGUUACAACAGGACCUUUAAACUGGAAUGAAUUAGCACGACUUUUCAGGAAUUCAUUCCAGUUUAAACACUCGAAAAUAUGUGUAACUUAGGUUUAGUUUAGGCACCAGUUCAAGGCAGUGCAGGAGCUGAAACUUUCACUUAGUGUUAGCCUAGCUAUAGACUUAGCCAUCCUUUAGACACAUUUAAAGUAUUGAUUGCUUUAUUCUACUAUAAAUCUCACUCUCCAAGCCCCUCCAAACACUGCCCACAAAUAAAAACAAAGAAAGGUAAACGCAGCUCCUCGCUGCCUUCAACUGCAAAGAAUUUGAAGAAUGUAAUGUAUGUAUAGAAUAUUUGUAUCUAGGACAACUCAGGAUUUUCAAGUAUCGUUUUUAUGAUAUUUAUAUGACCCUCUACCAACUUUCUAUUCAUAAGAAAUCUCUCC